CUUGGCAAUCCUCAGGGCUGUCAAUGCGAUGAAAUCUAAUUCCCACGUGUCAGGAUGUUUAUCUAGUUACCAUGGCAACGAGGAAGUGAAUACUUGCGUUCAUCAGCAAUAGCAUAAAGACGGUAUUACCAUUGUUGCAAAGAAGAAAAUACAAAAAACAUUAUUUGUGUUCAAAGAAUUGGAUGUGCUGUUCGAUACUAAUAGAGUUAUAAGAUCUCCAUCGCGAGCUGCCAUUAGCAGGUAUUGGUUUGAGCUCGCAAUUCAACCCACAUUUUCACGGUCUGUUUCGCGCAAUGCGCUUCGCCGACCGGUGAGCAGAAAACGGUUUGACACCUGUUCUGUGUUUCGGUUCCAGUCAUGUCGAAUGGAACUGCUGUCAUUGGCGGAGCUUAAGCGACACAGAAUGUAACGGUGAUAUUCCAGAAGUCAUAUUAGUAUGGAAUGUUCGCUGGUGUGAUACAGCCCUUGGUGCAAGUUCCAACGUAUUUUAAGACUCGACAGGGAUGUGUGGAACUUUAAUAGCCCAUACAGAACAGCGUUCCUGACGAAUAUAAUCUUUUCCAAUAUGGGUAAACUGAACAUAUUUGAAAUAACUUUAAACAACCCUCAAGGUGUGUAUAACCCCGGCCAGAUAUUAGAGGGAUGUGUUGUUGUGGACUUGAACAAGGAAAUGACAAUGAGAGCAAUAAGGCUUCACCUGUACGGGGGCGCUGACGUAAGAUGGACAGAGAACCACACUUCCGGGACAGGAAAGAACCGGAAGACGGUGACGAAGAUCUAUUCCGCCACCGAGACCUACAUCAACUAUGUAUUCGUGCUGUUUGGAAAAGAGCCACACAUAGAAGGAGACAACCAUUCUCUACCUGCAGGCCGCUACACAUACCCCUUUCAGUACCAGCUCCCAGUUGGCAUCCCCUCCUCGUUUGAGGGUACGGUAGGGAGGGUGCGGUACUGGCUCAGUGGAACCAUUGACAAGCCAUGGAAGUUCGACCACACAACGAAGAAAGCCUUUACAGUGAUUAAUCCACUGGAUCUCAACACCGAGCCUGGGAGUAUGGAUGGAAUACGAGGUGAAGGUCAGAAGACGCUGUGUUGCCUCUGCUGCAAAUCUGGACCAAUCAGCUGCACGUUCCAGAUUGACCGCUGCGGUUAUGUACCCGGGGAAACCAUUCCUAUCAAAGGCGAGAUCAUCAAUCACAGCAAUCGGAGAAUGAAGAGGUCAUAUGCGCAAUUAUACAUGGUGAGGUACUACCACGCAACACGGAAGUCGAGAAGUGACGUCCAGAAAAUAGCGGAAAUCUCGCGUGGUGAAAUCCUCCCUGGUGACACCGAUAUCUGGGACGGAGACCCGCUUUUAAUACCGCCAGUGCCGCCUUCCAAGUUACCUGGGUGCAGAAUAAUAGCCCUCGAGUACUUCAUAAAGUUAUGUGUUGAGCCUGCGGGACCUGGCUUUCAGCUGGAAAUACCUUUGAGAGUGAUCAUCGGAUCCAUACCGCUCAGAUACACACUGGAACAAUACGGGUUCGCUCCUGUAACCCAGGACACACACCAGUCUCAGCUUUACCAUGACAGUCGGCCAUCUUCAACAUCACCGCUACCGUCAAUGCCUCCAUCAUACGCAGAAAGCGUGUUUGGGCCAGUGAACAUCAAGGAUGAGGAUGACGACGAGCACACAAAAGGCAAUAUGAACUUUACUCCAGUGUACACCUUUUACAGCUGGGGAGAAAGAGCUCAGCCUUCAGCACCUCCAUCGUAGAGGAUGCGUCCCAAACAUCCUAAACAAGCAGUACCUCACAUAAUCUCCCGUUUGCUUUCAGUGGGCUACGGGACGAUUGGUUUCACUAGCUAGUUACUGCAGAGAUGAAGACGUGAGGCGAGCAAGGAAUCUGUGAUUGUGGAAACUAAUUUCCCUGUUCUUAUGGGUUUCCACCAAAGUGGUAAAACCCUGCAAGACCUCGUGCUCUCAAUCCACAUCAGGGCGACACUAUACUAUUAGUGAAGACUGCCUUUGACCAAAUUUACCCAAGGCAAUUGUGUAAAUGUAAAAACUAGCAAGAGCGCAAUGCAAGUGCAGUCUUUUCAUACAAAGCAAUGUCGUGAAAUAUUUCCCUUAAUGUGA